CGGAGCGGAGCGUCCCGGGCAGAGCCCGGCACCUGUCCCGCCGGCAGAGCCCGCAGCCAGGUGCGCGCCGCACCGCCCGUGCCCGCCGCGGGGGCGGGCGCUAUGGGAGGCUCCGCGCCGUGCGGGGAGAGCGCCCGGCGGGCGGGGGCUGCGCCCCCUCACCUGCGCUGAACCCGCCGUUCCUCCGCGGCGACCGCACAGUGACAUGGACCGUCCGCCGCAGCCGCCGGCCGCCUCCUAGUCCCGCAGCAGCUGUGAGGCGGGUCGGGCAUGGCCCAGCAUGAGGAGAGCGGCGGAGGGCAGCGCUACCCCGUUACCAGUUGGGCCAAGACAACUGAUGUGAAUUUAUCCAACUCCUUAAAUGGUUUGAGCUUCAUGGGAAUUCUGGACGCAAGAGUGGGUGGUAUCCAGGGCCUUCAAAACUUGAACUCCGGGACCCCAAGAUCUCUCUCAUUGCCUGAGUAUGGGCCUGACCAGCUGUCCGGUGCUUUAGAAGAUUGUCAUAGCCUUAAAUCAGUGGAUUCUGGUAUUCCAACUCUAGAAAUAGGAAAUCCAGAGCCUGUUCACUGCAAUGUGUUAAAUGUGAAGAGAAAGCAGUCAGAAGCUGAAGUUGUGCCUGACAAGGCUUUUCAGAGUGCGUGCACGCUGCCGUCCUAUGUGCCUCCACAUUCUCUGACUUCUGAACAUGACCAUGCUGUGCGAAAAUCCUCUACUUUCCCCAGAACUGGGUAUGACACUGUCAAACUUUAUAGUCCAACUUCAAAAACUCUGAAUCGAAGUGAUGAUAUCUCUGUCUGUAGCGUUUCUAGUCUUAGCACAGAACUGUCAACAACUUUAUCAGUUAGCAAUGAAGACAUUUUGGACUUUGUGGUCACAAGCAGUUCAAGUGCAAUUGUUAAUCUGGAGACUGAUGAGACACACUUCUCGGAUGUUACCCUGAAUUCCACUAAAGAGACCAAUGAUGAGAGCCAGCAAGAGAUCAAUGAUGAGUGUUGUCAAGAGACAGAUGUGGACAGUAAACGAAAAAUAUUGGGACCUUUUACGAACUUCUUUGCCAGGAAUUUGUUUACCAGAAAGCAAAGUGCAAGAUUUGAAAAACAAAAUGAUGUGGGAUGGAAGUUGUUUGGAAAAGUGCCUCUCAGAGAAAACUCACAGAAAGAUCCAAAGAAAACACAAAAGGAAUAUGAAGAAAAAACUGGACGAGCUCACAGACCACUCUCUCCUAAACAGAAUGUGAGGAAGAAUCUUGAUUUUGAACCCCUCUCCACUACAGCACUCAUUCUAGAGGACAGACCAGCGAACCUCCCUGCAAAACCAGCUGAAGAAGCUCAGAAACACAGGCAACAGUACGAAGAAAUGGUGGUUCAAGCAAAAAAAAGAGAGCUUAAAGAAGCCCAGAGGAGAAAGAAGCAACUGGAAGAACGGUGUAAACUGGAAGACAGCAUCGGCAAUGCUGUUUUAACUUGGAAUAAUGAAAUCUUGCCCAACUGGGAAACUAUGUGCUGUUCCCGUAAAGUUCGAGAGCUCUGGUGGCAGGGCAUCCCUCCGAGUGUGAGAGGCAAAGUCUGGAGCUUGGCAAUUGGCAACGAAUUAAACAUCACCCACGAACUGUACGAUAUUUGCCUGGCUCGUGCCAAAGAGAAGUGGCGAUCACUUAGCACAGGAGGGUCUGAAGUAGAAUGUGAAGAUGCUGGAUUUUCUGCAGCUGACAGAGAAGCAAGCUUGGAGUUAAUAAAACUGGAUAUCUCAAGGACGUUUCCUAACCUCUGUAUAUUCCAGCAAGGUGGUCCCUACCAUGACACAUUGCACAGUAUUUUAGGAGCCUAUACUUGUUACAGACCUGAUGUAGGCUAUGUACAGGGCAUGUCAUUCAUAGCAGCAGUAUUGAUCUUGAACUUGGAUACUGCAGAUGCCUUCAUUGCUUUUUCUAACCUUUUAAAUAAACCCUGUCAGAUGGCGUUUUUCCGUGUGGACCAUGGCCUUAUGUUGACUUACUUUGCUGCGUUUGAGGUGUUCUUUGAAGAAAAUCUGCCAAAGUUAUUUGCUCACUUCAAAAAAAAUAACUUAACUCCAGACAUCUACCUUAUUGAUUGGAUAUUCACAUUGUACAGCAAAUCUUUGCCACUAGACUUGGCAUGUCGUGUCUGGGAUGUGUUUUGCCGUGAUGGAGAAGAGUUCUUAUUCCGUACAGCUCUGGGAAUAUUAAAACUUUUUGAAGAUAUUUUGACCAAAAUGGACUUCAUUCAUAUAGCUCAGUUUUUAACAAAGCUACCAGAGGACUUGCCUUCGGAAGAAUUCUUCACGUCUAUCGCGGCCAUUCAGAUGCAAAGUAGAAACAAAAAGUGGGCUCAGAUACUGGCUGCUCUGCAGAAAGAUAACCGGGAAAUGGAAAAAGGAAGUCCUUCGCUUAAACGUUAAAUUAUGGUUGCCUCCAGUGACUCGCGGACAAAGAGCUAAAGUGGCAGAAGUAUUGAGUACGGUUUGACAUGUAGGAGCCUACAAAUCAAAGUGUGAUUUCAGAGUUUGUUUGGUAGUAGGAUAGCCUUAAAGGGGAGAGAGGAAAAAAGAGGAGGGGGCAAAUCGGGGGAUAAAACCCUUGUAAGUGAAACCUAGGCUUAGCCUUAAACUUUUAGUGGAAUGAGCAUUUGCUGUGGACAGUGUUACACAUUCUGUACUUCUGAUGAGGGCAGUGAAACUAAACAAUAUUAAGGUGGUUUUUUAAGGUUUUUCUUUGAUCUUUUGAAAUACUGGACAGACAUUCAGCAAUGUCAGUUGCUUUGAGAGCUAUUGCCCAGUUUUGUUCUUAGACAGGAUCUACUUUCCAUACCCGUAACAGAACCUGGGUUUUAGAUACCUGGUGCUGGAAUUUGUGGUUAAAUGAUGUAAGGACCAUUUCUUUAGAAAUGCUUCUUGUUUUAUAGGUUGUGGGUCCCAUUUGCCAAAGAAAUCAUGUAGACAUAGAAUCACAUUCCAUUCUUUCAAAAAUUAAGUAGAAAGUAAACGCAGAAGUCACGCUAGCAGUACAAAACCAGUUCUUCUUCAAGAUGCCUUGAAGAUCUGUGUUUCCAAUCUGGAUGCAUGUGGAAGACAUUCCAUUAAUCAGAUUAGAUUUCAAACUCACUGGGGGGUUUCUAGUGUUGAGCUGGCAUCAUUUCUCAAUUGUACUCUCUUUCCUUUGUUAAAAGCCAGGGUGACAUACCGCUAAAAGUAUGUUUCCAUGCCUCCCUCUUCUGGGCCAGUGCUGUUUUGCUUACCAGCUACUUACUCCUGUGCCGUCUCUCCAGUCAUGCUGACAAAACUGUGGGCUGAGCGGAUGAAUUGAGAAAUGGUUAAAAGCAUUUUUUAUAGUUACUUUAAACCCAGCUCUGCUCACUGGCAAAACUAAGGAGGAAGGGUGUAGGGGAGAAGUUUGGUGAGCCAGCCUUGCUGCUGAAAAUAAAAGGUUGUGUGGGAUCUCAUGAAGCCGCUGCUGCCACAGCGGGAAAGCAUGACGUGGAGCUGAUCUGUACGUAGUGACAAGUGAAAGAAGUUUAUUGGGAAAUGCACCAGAUAAAUACUACCAAAGCUGUUGUUUCCUAGUGUUUUAUCCAGCCUCUAAUACGUGGGAGCAAGUUACAGAGGGGGCAAACUGUGGCUCUGUAAUUCUGUUAUACAGCUUAGAUCCCCUCUGUGCUCAGAUCAAUGUUGAACUGUAAAUCAUGAGUGCCUCUGAUUUACAAGAAUGUUUAUUGCAUAAUGUAUAGUGUAAAAUCUAUUUUAUAAAUAAUGAGGAUCAUUGAAAAGGGAAACUAACUGAAGCAAUAUUUGUGUUAACUGUAAAGAGGCGUUACUAAAUCCUCUAGCUGUAUGGUCAGCUGUUGCCCAAUGCUCUUCAGUCUGGUUUAUGCUGAUUAAUUUGGCAUUGUCUGAAUUUAAAAAAUGAGAAGAAUAGUUGUACACUGCUCAACUCAACAUACAAUAUAAAGGACUGUAGGACUCAAUCAAAAUGCUGUCCUUCAGUACAAACACUGUUUCUGCGAGGGGCAGUUUGACUGUACUGUUAAAAGAGUGAGAUCAAGAUUCCCUGCUGAGGACUCGUGAUCACUUUGGAAGAUGAGUACUGCAGAUGCAGCGUGCAGGUCUGAUACCUCCUUGGCCUCUUUUCCUGUCCGCUUUGUCUGCCUGGCGUAGUGGAUGGGCUUUUUUGGUGGCCGUCUUAAUUCCUCCGUAUGACUUCUAGGUCAUCACUUACUGAAAACAGACAUCAAGAUGCUGAUAUGAAACAAAUGUUAGUUCUCCCAGAACUUGUAAAUCUUUGUUCCUUCAAUGACCGGUACUUGUAUUGCUACACUGCUGUGAGGUGCAAUAGAAAGCUGGAAGGUCAGUAAGUGUUUUUUAAUAUUACCUUUUCUAUUACUACAACAAAUAUGCCUUUCCAUGAAGGUUAUGAGAGGCCUACAAUCUGAAACAUUUGCACUAUGCUUUUAAAUGAUUUAUUAAACACAUAGACAGCUUUCCCUCAGUACAGUUUCAUGUGGUACUGUAACUGGCUUUGUGAUUUAAGUCUUCAUUGCACCGAGAUCUGUAUUUCCUUUUAAACCAAGUCUGCAAGUGUGGCUCAUUUGUCUGGCUAAAAUGCAUUAUUUUGCUACUAGGUAUCUUUGCAGCCAUCCACAGCCUCUUCUCCUUUCUCUCUGCUCAAUAAGAUGUUGAAUGUAACAGUGAAAAUGGGCAUAGCUGGGGGAAGAAGGCCUGCUGCAACACUUGUGCACUGUUUGUUACUUGCAAAUGUAAUUAUUUUGUUCUGUGAUUUGAUCUUUCUGUUCUUAGAAGAUGUAUAUAUUUUCUAAAUGAUUUCUUUGUGUAUAUAAGGUAUGUUCUUUAAUGACGAAAAGCAAUGCAAUAAGGAGCUUUGCACAGUUUGUUUUCAAACUAAAUACAUUUGAAAAAAAAAAAAUCACCUGCCUAAAGAUGCAAUUGUUCCAACUUCUCUGUAACUGGAUUUGAAGGUAACGCUUGAAUUCUGAUAAAAAGAGAGAUGAGUUGUAAGGGCAUAGAAUUACUUGGCACUGAGCUUUUUAAGUUUGUUGCAGCAUACCAAAUCUCUUAAUUAGCCAUUAAGGAAGAUUUCUGUAAAAAAUUCAGGGAUUGCAUAAAAAUUUCGACAAUUUUAUUGUUCAGGUGCUUGAGAGUAUCUGUAACAAGAUGCAUGAGAUUUUCUUUUAUUGAGCAAGUGUCCCCAUCAAACAAACUUUAUUUUCUUCAUGGGUUUAAGGAAAAAUAAACACGCUGCAAUACAUCUUAAGUCUGCAACUACCUACCCGUGUACAUCCAGCAGAUCAGAGAAGCCAGGAAACUUCAGCCAGGUUUGGAAUUCUGUACGACCUGCACUUUAUAAUAAAGCCGUUUUGCAACUUCAAUCAGCAAUCAGUCAUUAACGUUAUUUCAUUUAGUAAAGAAUUUCAUCUGGGAAAAAAAAAGGUACCUUGUAACAGCUUAUUUUCCAAAAAAAUUAGAGUGACAUACAGACAACUGUCGAUACAUCCCCAGUACAUCAUGUUUAAAUUGGUUUUAUGUAGGUAUCAAGUUUGUUUUGUUUAGAUAUGUGUAUCAAACUGGAACUUUUUUCGACUGUAAAUAUAUGGUUUUGUUAAAUAAAGUCAUGUAAAGUUAUCUUAA